AUGGGUCUAGGUGAGUUAAAAGGCGAUAUUAUGAAAAAAGAUUUUAUAAACAAUGAAAAUAUUUUAUUAUACGAUGAAAAAGUUGAUAAGAAUAAAAAGAAAAGAAAAAAGAAGAAAGACAAUAAUUGUUUUGUAAAUUUACGAGAAUGGACAAUUAAAGUUCAAAAAAGAUAUGCAAAGAAAUUAAAAAAAUGUGAACAAGAAAAAUCUGCAGAAAAUAAUGAAAGUAGUGUUCAAGUUGAUCAGAAUAACUAUCAGUCAUCAUGCUCUUCUUCCUUCAAAUCGCGAUCUAGUCUAGGAAAAAAAAUUAAUUAUUCUUCGGACGAGUCAAAUUUCGACUCAGAUAUGGAGCUAAGAAUAAGGAAAUAUUUAAAAUUAGAUUAUAAUGAUAAUUAUAAAAAAAAAAAAAAGAAAGAAAAAGAAAAAGAAAAAGAAGAUAUUCAAAACGGCGAGAACGAUGAGAGCGGUAAAAAGGAUGGGAACGGUGAGAGUGGCAAAAAGGAUGAGAAGGAUGAAAACGAUAAAAACAAUAUAAACGGUAAAAACAAUAUAAACGGUAAAAACAAUAUAAACGAUGAAAACAGUAAAAACGAUGAGAACGAUAAAAACGAUAAAAACGAUAAAAACGAUAAAAAUGUUCAAAGUGAUAAAAAUGAUAAAAAUGAUAAAAAUGUUCAAAGUGAUCAAAAUGAUAAAAAUGCUAAUAGUGAAUGUUGUGAAGCUAGCCAUAUUGUGGAAAGCGUCACAGGUCUGGAUAAACAGAAUGAAACUGAGGAGGGUCAAAACAUAGUAGUGAAUAACAAUAAGAACGAAAAAGAUAGCAGUAAAGAUAAAGAAAAAUUUGAAACUGCCGAAGGGGUAGUAACUAUCAGUAAUGAGAAUGUAGAUGUGAAGGAGGAAAAACCAAAAAACGUUACAACAAAACAGCAGGGAGACAUAAACAAUUUGAUAAAAAAUGAUGGAAAAAAUGACACGAAAUUAAAUGCUUGUAGUUCAAAUAAAAUGAUUAAGGAUUGUACAGAUCAGGAAAAUAUCAAAGAUAAAAAUCAACAGCUUAAAAGAAAUUACCCAAAUAAUAGCAAGGAUAAUUUAGAUAAAGGUAAUAAUCAAACCAUGUGUAAAAAUAUUAAUAAAAAUAAUAAUGAGGAUAUGAAAAAGUGGAGCACACACGAUGAUGGUGCGCAUGCAAAUGAUAAUAAAAGUGGUAAAGCCGAAAAGGUCGUAAAGGAAAAUAACAACACGGAUUGCAAACUAAAGAAAAAUAAUGCACCUAACGUUCGAAAUGAUACCACAAGUGGUUUAUAUAAUAUCGCUUAUGAGAAAGGGAAAGUGGAAAAAGAAGAGAAAGGCGUAGAGAAAGGCGUAGAGAAAGGCGUAGAGAAAGGCGUAGAGAAAGGCGUAGAGAAAGGCGUAGAGAAAGGCGUAGAGAAAGGCGUAGAGAAAGGCGUAGAGAAAGGCGUAGAGAAAGGCGUAGAGAAAGGCGUAGAGAAAGGCGUAGAGAAAGGCGUAGAGAAAGGCGUAGAGAAAGGCGUAGAGAAAGGCGUAGAGAAAGGCGUAGAGAAAGGCGUAGAGAAAGGCGUAGAGAAAGGCGUAGAGAAAGGCGUAGAGAAAGGCGAGAGAAAGGCGCAGAGAAAGGCGCAGGGAAAGGCGCGGAAAGGCGCAGAGAAAGGCGUAGAGAAAGGCGCAGGGAAAGGCGUAGAGAAAGGAGUAGAGAAAGGAGUAGAGAAAGGAGUACAGGAAGUAAUACAGAAAAGAGUACAGGAAGAAGUAGAGAAAGGAGUACAGGAAAAGGCAGAAAAGGAAGGAGAAGGGGAAAAACAAAAAAAUAAUUCAAAUCCUCGCAGUAAUUCUGUAAAUGCAAAAUUGUCGAAUAAUGAAAUAAAGUUAGAUUGUGAAAAAGGUACCGAUGGUGAUAUUAAAAAAGAUGCGCAUCCAGUAAAGAAGUAUGCAGAAGAGCAUAGACAUCAUAAUGAGAAUUCACAUGGAAGGAAUGAUAGAGAUAAAAAUUGCCAUUCUACCUCAAAGGAAAGUGCAAAAAAAAAUAGUCAUAAUAAAAAACAUGUGGAAAAUAUAGAUAGUAAAAAUGUAAAAGACGAAGGAUCAAGUAGGAAAAAGUAUUCAAAUAGUUAUAACAAAGAAGAAGGUAUAAAAGAAAAGGAUAAAAAAAUUUCUGUAGAUAAAGAUGAGUCUAAUUGUAUAGCUGUUAACUUAAACAAUAACAGUAAGUCUCGGCUGGCACAAAAUUUGAAUGAAAAAAAAAAAAGAGAUAAUUCGCAUAAUAGUGUACGAAAGAAUACACAGAAUAAUGACUCUGUUCAUAUUGAUAAAGAAAGGGAUAAGACUAGAGAGAAAGAAAAGGAAAAAGGUGAAGUAGAAAAACAUGAAAGGAGAAAUAAACCAAGUGAAAUGGAAAGAGAAAAUGAAAAUGAGAAGAACAAACGGAGAAACAGAGUAAGAGAUAAGGAAAGGGAAAAGGAGAAGGACAGAGAGAGGGUUAAAGAGAGGGAGAAAGAAAGAGAUAGAAAUAAAGAAAGGGAGAAAGAAAUAGAAAGGGUUAAAGAGAGAGAACGGGAAAGGGAGAGAGACAGAGACAGAGAAAGGGACAGAGAUAGAGACAGAGAAAGAGACAAGGAAAGAGAAUGGGUUCGAGAAAGGGAGAAAGAACGGGAGAGAGAACGAGAUAGAAUGAUUCAAAAGGAUAGAGAAAUGGAGAGGGACAGAAAUAGAGAGGUAGAAAGGGAUAGAAAUAGAGAGACAGAAAGAGAUAGAAAUAGAGAGACCGAAAGGGAUAGAAAUAGAGAGACAGGAAGGGAUAGAAAUAGAGAAACAGAAAGGGAUAGAAAUAGAGAAAGAGAGAGAGAAAGGCAGAUUGAAAGUGAUAAGAAUAUUUCUAAAAAUACAGAAAAAAAAAAUUCUAAAAACAACAAUUUAGGUCAUGAGAAUUUAAAAAAAAAGUAUAAUGGAAUUGAAUCAAAUAUAAAUAGGAAGAGGUUACAUAUAAAUGAAAACGAUAGUAAUAAUAGUAGUAAUCAUGCAGCAAAGAAAAUUAUAAUAAAUGAUGAAGAUGCACAUUAUGAGCUUGGAGAUAAGGAUAGAUAUGUUUACAACUCUAGUGAUAUGCAUUCAAGAAAAUAUUAUUCCAACAAAAAUAAAACAAAUGAUAGUGAUAACUGGGAAAAGAAAAUGUCCAAAUUGAAGGAAAAAUUAAUUAAAAAAAACAUGAACAAGUAA